CGCCAUUUGUUUUCGAUCUGUUGUCUCAAAAAAAAUGUUUUCGAUCUGCGCCUCCAGUCCGCGCUGAAGGUUGCGGAAGCCAUGGAUUCGACGGAAGCCCUGCCCGACGACGCGCUCGCAAACAUCCUCCGCCGCCUCCCGGCAUCUGACCUCGCCGCGUCCCGCUGUGUGCGCAAGGCGUGGUGCGCCGUCGUCCACGCCCAUCGGCUGUUGCUUCCGCACUUUCUCCCGCGUGCGGUGCGCGGCAUCUUCGUCAACUACAUCGACUACAGCCGCCCGCGCUUCUUCGCCCGCCCCUCGACGGAGCGGCCCGUGAUCAACGGCGAUCUUGGCUUCUUGCCUGGGUACAACAGGGAUUUUGAGCCAAUUGUGGAUCACUGCAACGGCCUCCUUAUCUACGGCAAUGAGAGGAGGGGGUUCUUCGUGGUCAACCCUGCCACGAGACGGUGGGAGCGUCUCCCACGCCUUGAUGCCAAGAACUACAACACGUACCUCGUGUUUGAUCCUGCCGUGUCACCGCAUUACCAAGUGUUCGCGAUUCCGCAGGUGCCCGAGAAAGUUGUUCCAGCCCAACCACAACCAGUGCCCGACAAGAAGCCACCAACACCCUUCUGCCCCGCUGAGUUUUUCUCGUUGUUUGAAGAUGCACCAGAAGUACUCACCAAGGACUUGGAAGAGGACUGCGAAGAUGGGCCAUCGGAAUUGUCACCCGAACAAACCAUUGAAGAGGACAUAUCCGCACCGUCGCCCGUUGAGGUUCCAGAAGACUCACUAAUUGAGGAUCCAGAAGACUUGGUGGAAUUUCCACCAUCCUCAUGGAUGCUAGACGUGUUCUCGUCUAGUACAAAAGAAUGGCAAAAGAGGUUGUUUGUCCGUGAAGGUGAGGCUUUGGACACGAUGGCUACUAUACGGCUGGAUAGAUUGGAACCAACAUUUUGGGGGCCGAGGUGGCGCUACGGUGUCUACUGGCGAGGAGCACUCUAUGUGCAUUGUCGUGGUGCAUUUGUUGCAAGGUUAUCCUUAAAGGAUGGCAAGUACCAACUAGUGAAAACACCAAUAGAUAUCGAGGAAAGCAAGCGUGCACAACCUUGUCUGGGGAAAUCAGAAAAAGGGGUUUACUUUGCAACAAUUCACGAUGAGUAUCUAUUUCGGGUUUGGAUUUUAAAUGAAUCAUGUUGUCAGAUAUCUUGGGCACUGAAGCAUCACGUUGAUCUUAAUCCAUGGGCAACGAUAUAUUUGAACCAGCCUAAGGGAAUUGACAAAACUUGGUUCUUAUAUGGUGAUAAUAAUGAAGAUGGAACCAAUGGGGAUGAGAAUUUUGAAUGGAAUUCUGAUGACGAUAACGUUCUGAAUAUUGAAGAUGAUUAUGAGCCUUUCUACAGCCAUGUUUCUAUCCUCGGAUUUCACCCCUACAAAGAGAUUGUUUUCUUAGAGGUAUCAUCAUUCAGAGUAGUGGCUUAUCAUCUGAAUAGCUCAAAAGUCCAGUACCUGGGCAGAUUACGCCCAAAGGAUUAUUAUCAGUCAUUUACAAAUGGCAUAUAUGAAUCAUUUCUGUACACCCCUUGCAUGAUUGGGGAGCUUUCAAAACGUGCUUGAGAUUAUUCCUUCACUGGUUGGGUUGGGAUCUGGAGAUUUAGGUGGAGGGGCAGGGGUGAAGAGCGCAAGGAGCCAGAAGUUUAAUCAGAUUGAUGUUACGGGGUUUUAUUUUUGGAAAGAGCUCGAAGCAUAGAAGUGAGAAUUCAAAGAAGUCGCUAGAAAAUAGGAUAACCGAAUUGGACAGAACUUACUCAGAAUUUCCAUUUCGUAAACUUCCUUGGUUAUUUUGUGCACCUGAUCAUCUUAUGAGUA